AUGACUGAUCUUCUACCACGACUACUACAAAAGUUCAACCGUGAGACACUAGCAUCAGUUGUAUCACAUCGACUACACCAUCUUUCAUUGGCAGACAAGAUUGUUUGUGGUUCAAUUGUAGCAUAUGGUUUAUUCACUGCUGAAAGAUCAACCUCUGAAUUGGCAAUUGGAGAUAAUGCAAAGGAGUACUUGACAAGACUACACGAUGAAGUAUUGGAAGAUAAAUCAUUUCAAAAGUUUGUACUACACUUGGAAGGGGUGUCUCAACUACGUAGACUUUUGAAAAGCAACAAAUCACUUACCAAGAGGAUAUCACAAGACUUUGGAUUACUCGCCAAGACUAGUUCAAUCUACCUUCCAUCACUCUUUGUCAUUGACGCUCUCUCUACUAGAAUGUGGGUUCACCAAGAAGAGGUUGAUCCCCUAUACUAUGAAACUGCUUUUCUAUUUCAAUCCAUCAUGAAAGAGGUAACUUUAAUUUUGUGUCAAAAUUGUAGCGUCGAAAAUAUUCCAUUAGAAAUAUUUAUAAAUAUUGCAGUUGACAAUACGGCAACAUGGACCAUGAAGAUUAGUUCUGCAUCGAUGAUUGCUAAUAUUGUGAUUAGUAGAGGUGCAAAGCGUGUUUGGAGGUUAUCCGAACACCUUGAAUCCGAUAUAUUAAUGGUACUAGAUAUUUAUAUUAGAAAUGGGUAUGACUAUGGGUCACCAGAGAUUGCAGUGGCUGCUAGUCUCUUGGCCAACCAUUUAGCAGGAAACAAACAAUACAAACACCAAGACAUUGUAGCGAGACAUCGUAGUAGAGUAGUAUCAAUUUUAGGAGGACAAUUAGUACUAACCAAGGAGAGAUGGUUAUUUGAAUCAUUCCUUUCAGCCAUUUCAUAUGCCACUGGAUUCCUAUCACCCAAGUCAUUGGUUGCAGGGUAUGCAUUCAACUCUAUGUCUCUCAAAAACCCAGGUAUUGGUCCAAUCACCAAAGCUCUAACUAUCCCAUUCACAACGAUCGUUCCCAACCUCGUAUCAUACCUCUUCUUCUUUUCAAAUCCCUUGUCCUUUGGUCUAUUCCAAAUCAUCGCUCGUCUACCCCAUGAACUUUGUCACAACCUCAUUUACACCAAUCCCCAAAAAAGAACAAACCUAUUAUAUUCCAUUAAAAUGUCUGAACAACAAGAUAUUUAUGAAUAUGAAAUUUCGACUUGUCCCUUUACAUUUUUUUGA